CCUGUUUCAUCGUAUAAACAAUCAAUGAAUCAUUUGUUGGCGCUUUGGUUGUUCUUUUUGAGGAAUUUUGACGGUUGUCGAUGUUAAAAUUAAUAAUACACUCGUUUUUAUGAAAUUAAAUAUGAUUCUGGUAUUCUGUACUUGUUUUGUGUAUUAAAUAUUUUUAAUACUUAUACGUUAUAAUAUUUGUUCCAUACUAUGGGUUCCUAUAAGAUUCGCCGGUUGCGAAUUCCACAGAAUAUUAUUGAUGUUCUUGAAAAAAAUAAUUUAUUUUCUUGCAAGGAUGUUUUAACUCUUACCAAGUUAGAAUUUCAGACUAUACUUGGCAUAAACCGAUCUAAAGCAGAAGAAAUAUUGAAUGAAGUUGCAGCAAAGUGUGUCUCUCAACCAAAUACUGCUUAUGACAUGUAUCUGAAGCAAAAGUCUUUGUCCUCCACUGGAUUUCUGCCUUUAUCUCUCCAUUCUUUAGACUUAUUACUACAAGGUGGCUUACCAUUUGGAUGUAUCACUGAAUUUGCAGGCCCACCUGGUGUUGGAAAAACUCAGUUCUGUUUCAUGUUGAGUAUUUUAUCUGUGCUGCCUUCAUCUGCUGGAGGAUUAAGCUCAAAAGUGAUAUAUAUAGAUACAGAAUCAGCCUUUAGUGCUGACAGGAUUAAAACUAUGGCUCAAAAAAAGUUCCCUCAUUUGUAUAAAGAUGACCAAAAUUUAGCCAAUCUUUUACAAAGCAUUAUGGUGUAUAAAGCAUCUUGUAUUGAUGCCUUAAGAGAAAUCAUUCCAAAUCUAGAAAGAGAAAUUAUACGAAAUAAAGUCAGAGUUGUAAUAAUAGAUUCUAUUGCCUCAUUAGUGAGAAAAGAAUUUGGCGGUGAACAGUUAGGAAGUUUAAUUCAACGAAAUAAUAUACUUAUGGAGCAAGCUGCUUUGUUAAAAAAUUUAGCUCAAGCUUAUGAUAUUGUGAUAUUUUUAACUAAUCAAAUCACCUCCCAUAUUGCAGAACUGGAAUCAGUUGCUAUGGACAUAGCAGAAGAAGAUGAGAAUAUUUCAAGUGCCUAUGCUGGUGUUCCUCCACCUGUCUGUUCUGAGAAAAAGGUGAAGUUACAUGGUGGGAAUGCGGAUCACGUAGUUCCCGCCCUAGGAAACACGUGGUCCCACUGCGUGAACACCCGGCUGGUUGCCCAGUUUUUGGACUCCUCUGUACGCCAGUUAAUCAUAGCGAAAUCACCUGUUGCUCCCAACGCUGCCGUUCGUUUCUCUAUUAACGAAUCUGGAAUCGUUUUAACAGGAGAUGAUAUUGAAUUUAUUAACAUGUCGGAUCCAUUAAAUAGAACUAUUCAAACUAAGUACAAUUUUUUAACUUCUGAAGUAACUGGAACUGGUACUGUAUUUACUGCCUCUGCCACUUCAAGACAAUAAAGAGAAGAAAUACUA